ACUUCAAAUUACUGUAAACACCAGCAGUGAAGAUGGCUUCCAGAAAUACAGAGCAGUCCGCCGGCAGCAUCUCUGCCUCGCCAAACGCAACCAGCAGCCAAUGUCCACCCGCCAUGCAUCCCGAGCUGCUCAUGGCGGCAUGCCAAGGAUACUACGGGCAACUGGACCUCCUUCUGAAUAGGGAAGAUACAGAGGUGAUCGUCAAUGUUGACGGUUCUACUGAGUACGCAGCAUCAUUGCUGCUGCAAGGGGCCACUCCAGACGGGGACUCUGCACUCCAUAUAGUAGCUUCCUCUGGAGAUGGUGACAGGUACGUGAAGAGCGCCGAGGUAAUCUACAGCAGGGCAAAACACUUGCUGGCUGCACGUAACGGCAGGGGCAGCACGCCAUUGCACUGUGCCGCCAGGGCUGGUAACUUCGCCGUGCUCUCUCUUUUCAUUGAUCUGGCUAGAAGAGAGGAGGAAGCAGGUGCUGUGGACAGCCGGAUCAGGACCAGGACACUCCUGAGAAUGCAGAAUAAGCCUGCAGGGGAGACGGCGUUGCACGAGGCGAUCCGUGCCGCCCAUAUGCCCAUGGUAGGCGAGCUCAUGACAGCGGACGACUGCUUGGCCCGUGUCCCGUCGCACGACGGCACCUCGCCAUUGUUCCUGGCUGUCUCGCUGCGCCACCACGCCAUUGCGCGGGAGCUCUACAAAAGGGAUAGUCAGUUGUCCUACUCUGGACCUCAUGGACAAAAUGCUUUGCACGCCGCAGUUCUUCGAAGCCAAGUCAUGAACGAAUUACUGUUGGGGUGGAACAAAGAUCUUAUCAAACAACAAGACCAACAAGGAAAUACACCUCUACACUUCGCGGUGUCAACCGAAAGUGAUUAUACUGGGUUUUUUCCUCGGUAUAUUAUGCCAGUGGAUAGUGGAACAAGUAUCACACCAUUUCUGAGUGUAAAGGAACAACCAUUGGACCUUACCAAGCAAUUGUUGGAAGCUGAUGCACAUUGCGCAUAUCAAGCAGACAAACAAGGUUCGUACCCCGUACAUAUCGCUGCAUCCGCAGGUAUGCUAUCAGCCAUCAUCUUCUUAGUCACAAGAUGUUCCGGCUGCGCUGGUUUGCGCGACAAUCAUGGUAGAACUUUUCUUCAUAUUGCCGUCAAGAAGAGGAGAUAUCAUGUAGUUGCUUAUGCCUGCCGGACACCAUUGUUGGGGUCAAUAUUGAACUUACAAGACAAUGAAGGGAACACUGCGUUACAUCUAGCUGUGGAGGCUGGGGAUUGGUGGACUUUUGCUUAUCUAUAUGCGAACAAACAUGUGGACUUAAAUCUACCGAAUAUCAGUCGACAUACCCCACGAGAACUUUCAGUUAGAACCAUCCCCACAGGAGUGUACUGUAUGCUGAAUUCACGGAUUUUGAUUCAGCAAGCACUGAUAUCUGCAAAUGCUACUCGAGAUAUUUGUCGGCUAGAUGGCAUGGAAGUGGACCAUAAUCCCGAGCCAGAUGCUGGUGUUGAUGCGCAAUUAACAAACUCGACGCAAGUUACUGGCAUCGGCUUAGCGCUAGUUACAACGAUGGCAUUUGGUGCCACUUUCUCCCUGCCUGGGGGUUACAGGGCUGAUGAUCACCCCAAUGGAGGAACACCUACUCUAGGUACAUCAAAUUUUUUUCAGGGCUUCCUGAUGGCGAACUCGUUAGCAGUUGCGUGCUCAUCGCUGGCCGUCCUAAGCAUAUGUUUUUAUGGAAUGCCUGGAUAUGAUUAUUCCAUGCGCUGCCUGCACUUCAAUUUGUCCUUGUGGCUAGGUGGGAAUGCAGUAAUAUGCUUUAGCAUAUCCCUCGUACUUGCUGUAUACAUCAUCCUCGCUUCGGUUUCUCUUGGAACUGCUAUUGCCAUCAUUCUGGCGCUGGCUUCAGUAGCAAUCUUCUAUGCAAACUCACUAUUAGAAAGAUACAUUAUAUUACUAAUAGGGAUACUGAAUAGAGUAGGAAUAGUGCCAAUACUAAGAUCUAAUAUCUUCAAGGCAUUAUUUCUUCUGGGUUGGCCAGUCUUAGUGAUAUUUUUCUGUCAAGAAAUCUAUGCAUGGCGACACCAUACAUGGAUUUGAAGAGUGGCAUAACGAAAUCAAUAGGGUUUCUUGCCAACAUUUUGUUACAUUUUUUUGUUUAACAGUUGUUUUAAGCUUGUAACAAUUUGAGCAUUUGUUUACAUAUUGCCUAAUUUUUGGGUUCAUAUACUAGCACUGUUUGGCUAAUUUGAGCAUCAUUUCCGCAAGGAAUGAUGGAGAAACAGAGGGUGGAUAUGGACUUAGAUAUUAAUCUGAUGGUUAUGAUACGUCGACUGAGAUUUUUAACCUUUCUUUAUAAAAAAUCAGGCAAAUAAAAUAUAGCCGUACCUUUUUUUUCUAGAAUACACGGGAAGAUUUUAUUCAGGUCACGGUCGUCUUAUUCUCGUGCAUACAUAUACAUACAGCUGCAUGCACAUGCAUAGAUACCAUGUAAAGGGCAUCUCCAAGGGAACAUGCCAAAUCAAUGCCAUCCGUCCGUUUUUGUCUGCGGACAAGAAAAACCAAUUCAAUGAGCCAUGCCAAACUAUUGCUAUCCGUCCGUUUGUCCGCGGACAUGUCAAAUGCUAGCCAAAUUUGACAUCAACUUGGCAGUCCGCGGACAAAGUCCACCUCAGCGUUUUCCCUAUUCUCGCACCGAUCGCGCCAACUCCCUGCCUCGCCCUGCCGACGCGCUGCAUACUCCCUGCCUCGCCCCGCUCCCUCCCCGCCCCCAGCCUCGUCGCACCGACAUCUCCCUGCGGCGUUGCCCUGCCGUCGCCCUGCCGCCGCACCAUGGAUGAGGUCUUCACCGCGCCUACUGGCCGCCAGCCGCCGACCGCAGCGAGCGUCCAACGGGCGCAACGACGCAGAGCCGCAGCCGCCCGGGCAUCCCAGCAAGGCUCCGUGGCCAGAGCUACCGCCGCCGGAGCCUCCUCGGGCCAGGCCGCACCGCCCCGCCACCCUCCACCUCCGGCUGCUGCCAACGCGCGCCGUCCGUUGAUGAGGAGAUGGGGUACGACGGCAUGGACGACUCUCCGGCCUUGCGUCGGCAGCCCAGUGCCAUGUCGGAAGGCAGAGACCGUGGCGCCCGCAACCUGUUUGAUGAAAUGUCUGAACAGACACAGGAGUAUCAAGAGGAGUGUAUGAUGGAUUUGAUCAAUGAUGGGCAACAACCUCAAAUAUUUGAUGUUGAUGAUCCAAACUCUCCAAUUCCCAACCAACCCUUCCACCAAAAGAGAGGUCCGACAAAGAGAGGAAGCUCAUAUACAAUCAAAGAAGAUGAGUUGUUAGUGACGGCAUGGUUGGAAGUGAGCCAAGACCAAUCCAAGGUGCGGAGCAAAGGGGUUCAGCAUAUUGGAAGAGAAUUCAUGAGUACUUUCAUGAAUGGAAAAAUUAUCCACCAUGGAAAUUUGUAAGUGAUCGCAAUGAGUGUUCACUUCAAUCACGUUGGGAUGUCAUUCAAGAUUCUUGCAACAAGUUUUGUGGAGCAUAUGAUCAAAUUACCAAUAGGAAGAUAAGUGGCAUGGGAAUCAAAGAACAUAUGGGAAUGGCUAUCACAUUGUAUAGCACAAUGCAUGAAGGGAAGCACUUUAGGUUGGUUCAUUGUUGGACCAUACUCAACAAGGCCCCAAAGUGGAUGAAUUUUGUAGCAUCACUCAAGAAUCCCAAUGGAGCACACAAGAGGCCGGCAAGCCAAAUGGAUGAGAAUGGGGAGGGUUUUGGGCCGACGUCAACCGCAACUAGGCUGAAGGGAAGGAAGUGGGAAAAGGAGAAGGCAAAGCGUGCUAAUGCGAGUACGUUGAAAGAUACUUGGACGGAGAUUAUGGCCAACAAAGGUAAACUAAUUGAGAAGAGGGAUGAAAAGAAGGAAGAAAAGAAGGAUGAACACCACAAGUGGUUCAUGGAGAUGACAAAUGAGAAGGUUGCGAUUGAGAAGGACAAGGUUGCACUUGAGGCGAAGAGGCUUGAAAUUGAUGCAACGAGGUAGACCAAGAGGCUUGACAUUGAAGCAAAGAGGGAGGAGAAGAGACUUGAAAUUGAAGCAAUGAGGGCGGCGACCGAGGCCGAACAAGUUGGGCUCACUAGAUUCACCGAGGAGUCGAGGAUCAUGUUGGCCGACAAAAGCUUGAUGGAUGCCAAGACAAAAUUGUGGCAUGAAAAUCUUCGUGACAAAAUCUUGGCACGAAAUGGCAUUUGAUCUUGUGAUGGUGCAUCGUAUGAUUUGUGCUUAUUUUGGUACUAUGUCAUUGAGAUAUUUGAACAUGGUCAUUUGAGAUAUUUGAACUUUAUCA